UUGCAUCCUUCUUUUUACUAUUCUGAAACACCCCAAAACACCAUUCAAGAAAAUGACCAAAGAUGAAGACUUCAAGCUCCUCAAGAUCCAGACAUGUAUUCUGAGAGUGAACUUGCACUGUGAUGGUUGCAAGAACAAAGUCAAGAAAACCCUUCAGAGAAUUGAAGGUGUAUAUCAAGUGAGCAUAGAUGCAGAGCAGCAGAAGGUGACAGUUUCAGGAAGUGUAGACGCUGCAACUUUGAUAAAGAAACUUGUGAAAGCUGGUAAACAUGCUGAAAUGUGGUCAAACCAGAACCAAAGUCAAAGUCAAAGUCAAAGUCAAAAUCAAAAUCAAAAUCAAAUUCAAAAAGGUUGUAUGAAAGAUGACAAGAAAACCAAAACCCAGAAAGAAGACUUCAUCAAAUCCCCUGAUUCCUUAAAAAAGCAGCAAAAGAAUCAAUCUUUGACCUCUGAGGAAGUUGAUGCUUCUUUUGAAGAUGAUGAGGAUUUGAGGUUUCUGAGAGGCAAAGCAAACCAGAUGGGUUUUCUGAAACAGAAUCAACAGCAAAAACAGCAAGAAUCUGCAAACAAUAAUCCAAGAAACUCCAAAAACAAAAGUCAACCCACCGAUGGAAAUGGUAAGAAAGGUCAGAAUUUGGGAGGGCAAAAGGGUAAUUCUGUGAAUUUGAACGAGGGCAAAAGGGUAAAUGAGUUGAGCUCCAUGACGAAUGGUGGUAUUAGAGGGUUUGAAAUGCCUCAGAACAGUGGACUAGCAAUGGCGGCUGCCGCUGGCGGUGGUGGUGGUCAACACAUGAUGUUGACCAUGAAUGGGGUAGGGUACAACCAGCAGCAGCAGGAAGAGUACAACCACCCUGCUGCAUCAAUGAUGAUGAACCUUCAGAACAGGCAAGCAAUGCAGCAGCAGAUGAUGAUGAUGAACCAGAGGUCUCCUGUGAUGCCACCCACCAUUGGGCAUUGCUACUACAAUUACAAUUACAAUACUGCCCCUUACACUUACAAUGAGCCACCUCAUGGCUACUACUACACUAGUGAUGAGAACACAAGCAGCUGUUCAAUCAUGUGAGGGGCAAAAGUGGAAAAAGAUUAGAUCUUUUUGAAAGUAUUUGUGUUAAAAGAAGUUUGAUUUAAUGUAACUGUGGAUGUUUUUGGUGGA